AUGUUCCCUGUGGCUUUCAGUCUACUCAGGAACCUAGGGAUGAGCCAAGAAACAGAGAACUGGGAGAAGAGUUCAUUUCCUGCUGACCGGGCAGUACAGAAGGAAGAGAGCGUGAAUGUGCUUUCCAACCCCAUAAGACUGGACUCUAUCAGCCACGCAGCGUCAGUGAUGGAACCACAAGCUCUGCUCCUCUCGUUUGUCCCAGCAUGCCCACCUAUCAGAGGGGUCGACCCCUGUAUCUCAAGCCAUGAUGACAUCACCUCAGCCCUCAUCAAGGCUGUUGCAGCCAAGAGGCGCUCUGACCGAGACGCAAUGUUGGUCAAGCUUGCCUUUGCGCUGCUGCUUUUGUCAGUGCUGGAACAAGUAGUGGGAUCGGAUAUUGAUAUUCACGACAGCCCUCCGGAGAAGCCUGCCAGCCAGAAAGGACGUCUCUCCCUGCAGAACACAGCUGAGAUCCAGCACUGCCUGGUGAGUGCUGGGGAUGUCGGCUGUGGUGUGUUUGAGUGCUUUGAGAAUAACUCCUGCGAGAUACGAGGGCUACAGGAAAUCUGCAUGACGUUCCUGCACAACGCUGGCAAAUUUGACUCUCAGGGGAAGUCCUUCAUCAAGGAUGCUCUGAAAUGUAUGGCACAUGGGCUGCGGCACAAAUUCAGCUGCAUCAGCAGAAAGUGCGUCUCCAUCAAGGAGAUGGUGUUCCAGCUUCAAAGAGAGUGCUACAUCAGACAUAACCUGUGCUCCGCUGCUAAGGAGAAUGUUGCCGUCAUGGUGGAGAUGAUCCAUUUCCAAGAUCUUUUCCCAAAAGGUCCGUACGUGGAGCUGGUGAACAUUCUCUUGAGCUGUGGAGAGGAAGUGAAGGAGGCGCUGGCGCGGAGCGUGCGCCUGCAGUGCGAGCAGAACUGGGGAGCGCUGUGCGACAGCCUGAGCCUCUGCUCCUCCCUCGCCCCGUCCCCGGCCAGCUCCGCCUCCGAGCACCACCGCCACCCUUUGCCGGCCGGCGUUGACCUGGAGCACCCUCGUGCUCCGCGACAGGGCGACAAGGAGAAAGCGGGUAAGGCCGGCUUCAACUCUCACCCCCGCCACCGCAGUCAGGGUCCCCGCCGCCACGGUCCAGACGCCGCAGCGGGGGCUGAGCAGGAAGACCCCAAGGCCACGGACAUCCGGAGGUGAAAGCUCAAGAGACCUUUUGACCCCCUCAAACAUUUCAAAAGCCACAUUUGCAGACUUAUGCUCAUUUCCACACGGCCACACGCUCACGUGCACACACACAUGUAAACACACACACACACACACAUGUCUCCACACAUACACGAAUUCCCAGAGAGACUGAGCAGAAGGAAACAAGCCCCGACCUUUACUGUUCUUCCUCCGCCUCUCCAGUCAUUCCAGCAGUCCCACAUGGUAAACUUGCAGGGUAAUUAACGGUGUAGCUUGUACUGUUAUGCCAGACUUUAGGCCACUUUUUUUUUUUUUUUUAUUGAAUAACAAUUGUUAAUAUCAUGAUUAUUUCAACUGUUAAGUCUAUUUUGGCUCAAAUAUAGCAUUUCUCAAAUCAUACUUAUUGUAAGAUUUGAUUAUAUUUGUAUUAUUUAUUUUAUUCUUAAUGCAAUGUUGAAAUAUCAAAAUGUACAUAGAAAUAUACUUAUCUAUAUUUAUAUGAACAUGUAUAAAUAUAGUUACAAUAUGCAAUACUGAUAUGCUAUAGGUGAAAUAGUAUAUGGUGUGCUGUCUGUUGUUCUUUCCACAGUAUUGCACCCAUCACCCAUAGGUCUGUAGAUAUGUAACAUACACCAUUUGCUGUUUCAAAGUGGGAAUGUGUAUUACGAAAAUAGAUACUUGAUGAUUAAAUACAAAUUGUACAGGUUUUGUCCAGUUCAGGCACAUAUGAAUUUUAGUGCAUGAUGGCUGAAAAGCCAGCAAACGUGUGCAUUCUUAAAGUGAAAGUCCACUCUAAAGAGAUUGUAAAUGUCAUACUAUGAAUAUGAGCAGUCAUUUCACACUUGUGUGUUUAGAUAUUACUCCUGCAAAGCUAGAACUGAGAGAGUCUAGACUCAUUGUUGAUGUUCCCCCAGCACCACUGCUGUUCUGGGCAGUGGUGAAUGGGAACGUACAGAGCAGAUUCAGCUGGGCCGGAUAUAUUCUGACACGCAUCUCACUUUGAUGCAGGAAGUGUUGCGUCAGUCACCUUUAUUGUCAAAGUGGAGUUUCAGAAACUGCUUCUUAGUGACAUGGCGGGCCAUUAUCUGGCGUUAUACUUCAGGGGACAUGGUCGUUGUUCACAACAACUGAACUGUUAUAUGUAAUGCAUUCUCUCUGAGUUGGUUUUCCACUUGAUUGUCAGCUAUCAGCGUGGCGCAACCAAGACGUUCAGUUUCAAAUGUAAGGAUUGCAAACAUUGAGGUGCCUAAACUUGUUCAUUUCCUCGGCGACCGCUUAUCUGUGAUUCAUGUGAAUGGAGGGAUGACACUUUGUCAUGGGGAGGUUUAAUGUUGAGCUGUGUUUAGGACGGUGUUGAGCCACAAAAGUCUUAGAUUUUGCACUUUGGAUUAUUGUUUAUACGUGUUGGACGGAUGCAGCUCGGGAAAGAGGAACAUAACCAGAGUAGUCUCAGUCUAAUCUAAGUCUAUAUUUGAUUUGAGCAGCCUGGUUUUCCUGACCGAUGACUGCACAAAGUCCUGCAUCCCCACAUGGCUCCUUAGGACCAGAUUGAGCCUUUUCUACAGUAGAGCCGUGCUGCCCUUGCCUGGAAUCCCAGUGGGCAGGAAGGAGGCUUGACAGAAACCUUCCAGAUCUUUGGCUGUCUCUAAGUUAGCCCUUGUACCCUUUGCGGUCUCUUACCCAGGUCAGACACGAAGGCCUGUUAUUCUUCCCACCUGAGCCGCAGGCAACACAGCAAGGACCCAGGAACUGGGUUAAGUCCACACACGGGCACUCUGGCGCUGUUAUUCUAAAUGUUACAUUUACCAAGGUCACCAGAGAAUUCCUCUGGGAUUCAGCCAAGAGUCAGGGACACAGGGAGUCCAGCGAGAGGGAGAGGGACGGGCGUAAUGUGUCGUUAUGCGAUGAUUCACACUGUCAUCAUUUCUCCUUGGACUCCUCUUCUCUUCCUCCCUUAGGUCAAAAACACAGGUUCUAUAUCAUUUCUGCAAGUCACAUCAUUCAGCUGCAGACACGCAGUGUGUGAGCACAUUUACACGUCACGAUGAGGACAGUUGGCUGAAAGAAGCAAAUAAUACUCACUCAGAUUGUUGUCGCUCAGUUAGAGGUAUUUAUCGUUUUUCUUGAUGUACUUACAGGAAGGUAACUUUUUUAUUUUUUUUCGCUGCACCGUUUAUAGACGAUCAAAAGUGAUGAUGUCAGGCAAUCCCCCCACCGCAACCUUUUUUUGUUGAAAAAUUUUGUUAUGGAAGUUGGGAUUGUUGUUAUAUCCCAGCUCAAGACAUAAGCUAAUCCUAUUGAGAAUGUACUGUAUGUGUGUAAAGAGACAAUCUGUUCAGCUCUCUGUCAUUAAGUGUGAUGUGGCAUUUUGUAACAAUGUAGUGGCUUGAAUGGCUUUUCUUUGUUUUAAGAGGAAGAUCAAACUAACCAUGUUUCCUUUGUUCUUAGUGUUCCAUUACUACACUUGCUUCCCUCUGUUAGGCACAAAGACUCAGUUUCACUGCUUCAAAACACAGGAUAUUGUUAAGAAGCUUGUAACUCACUUGUAAGACACUGGGCAUACGAGCCUGUUGAUAUCUUUAAACUCCUGAAGUUGGAUGUAUCUUCUUCUCAUUAAAAUAUUUUGUGUCAU